UCUUCCUCCCUGACAGACAAACCCCACAUCCAGAUUCUGGAGCCUCUGGUGUCCGGCCGCCGCACACAGCUGGCCUGCACCCUGCCAGGGUCCUGUGAAAGGGAACAGCGUUUCACCUUCUCCUGGGAGAGAACCGCUGUGGGCUCGCUGAACCCCCAGACCCUCCGCUCCUCCUCCUCGGUGCUCACCUUCACCCCGAGGCCCUGGGACCAUGGCACCAGCCUCACCUGUCAGGUGAAACGGGAAUGGCAUUGGAUGACCACACAGACAACCAUCCGGCUCAAUGUCUCCUAUGCCCCUCGGAACCUCACCAUAGGCGUUUCCAUCAGAAAUGACACAGCAUUCAAGAAUCCACAAACCACAUCCCUAACCAUCCUGGAAGGUGAGGAUUUGAGGCUGUGCUGUGAGGCUGACAGCAACCCUCCUGCCGAGCUGAGCUGGUUCCAGGGGUCCCCAGGCCUGAACGCCACCCCCAUCUCCAGCACCGCGAUCCUGGAGCUGCCUCGCGUGGGGCCUGCACAGGAAGGAGAGUUCACCUGCCAAGCUCAGCACCCGCUGGGCUCCCACAGUGUCUCCCUCAACCUCUCCGUGGUCUACCCCCCGCAGCUGCUGGGACCCUCCUGCUCCUGGGGGGACCAGGGUCUGCACUGCAGCUGCUCCUCCAGGGCCCAGCCGGCCCCCUCCCUGCGCUGGCGGCUGGGGGCGGAGCUGCUGGAGGGGAACCAUGGCAACACCUCCCACGUGGUCAGCUCCAGCUCAGAGGGGCCCUGGACCAACAGCUCCCUGAGACUCCGCGGAUGGCUCAACCCUGAUCUCAGACUCAGCUGCGAGGCCCGGAAUGUGCACGGGGCCCAGAGCAUCUCUGUCCUGCUGCUGCCAGGGAAGGCGGUGCCCCAGGCGGGAGUGGUUCCUGCGGCUCUCGGAGGUGCUGGUGCCAUGGCCCUGCUGUCCUUAUGUUUGUGUCUCAUCUUCUUUUGCAUAGUGAAAGCCCGCAGGAGGCAAGCAGCCGGGAGACCAAAGGUCAGGAAUGAUGAAGACCCUGUGAUGGGCACAGUCACCUGGGGUUCCCAGGAAAAGCUAGGCCCAGACAGUCCUCCAGAACAAGCGCCCCCCGCCAAGGAUGCCCCUCCCUCCGGGGAGCAACAAGAGCUCUACGCCAACCUCAGCUUUUAUGAGAUGAAGACACGGGAGCCUCAGAACCUGGAGGCCACCAGCAGCACCGAGUACUCAGAGAUCAAGCAUGCAGGCAAAUGAGGACUCGCUCAGAGCAGUUUAAUUGACUUUUCAGGAGCAACCAUGGAAAGCAGAAGAAAGCAGAUAUGAUCUUUAAAUGUCACUUUGUAAUUUAUACUCAGCAGAGAGAAUUCAAAAAUGAGGAAGUAAUACAGAUGUUUUGGUACAAAUAAAUGGGGAAAUUAUUGCCUGUAGAACAAAAAUAUAGAUUUAAAUUCUCAGCAGUAAUAACGGCUAAGCCCAAAGUAGCUGUUGUGGGGAAUAGGUUAUAUGUACAUUUCCUAAUGUGUACGUAUUA